AUGGGCCUGUUGGAGUUCCUUCUCAAGAUCCGACCCUUUUCGCGCCGAACGCGUCGGAUCCUGAUGCUCGGCCUUGACAACGCCGGUAAGACGCGUCUUUUGAGGAGGAUAUGUGAAGAGGAAGUAUCCGACACUUUCCCAACGCAGGGGUUUAACAUUCAAAACAUCACCGCAGAUGAGUUGAAAUUUGUUGUGUGGGACGUUGGAGGUCAGAAGUCUCUCCGAUCUUACUGGCGGCACUACUUUGACCAUACUGAUGCGCUCGUGUUCGUUAUUGAUUCUGCUGAUAUGGAGAGGAUAGAGGAAGCAAGGACGGAGCUUCACUAUAUUUUAGAGGAGGAAAAGUUAGUAGGUGUGCCGCUUCUGCUGUUUGCGAACAAGCAAGACAUCCCAGAAGCGGCGUCGCAGGAGGAGGUUAUGUCAUCACUCAACCUGCGUGACACAAUUAAUCGCCCAUGGCACAUCGAGCUCUGCUCGGCUGAGACAGGGGAGGGGUUGAGCUCCGGCUUGUCGUGGGUGGUAGACACCCUGAAAAAGAGACGCCCAUCGUUAAGGCCAGACGGCCAAGUAUAA